AUGGAGGCCGAGGCCGAGGCAGCGAAGCGUGGCUUGCUCCGGGAGUUGGCGGCGUCGGCGGCAGCGAGGCGUAUGGAAUCGUCAACGAUGUCUCCGCCGCCGCGGCCGCGUUCCGUGGAGAUCGAGACUGCGGCUGCACCGAGGCCUCCGACCCUGCUCCAGCGGCUGGUCGCGGCCCUGCGCGGCCGCUUCGCGCGCGGUGUGGACACCGUGCUCGACGCCUUCGUAGCCUCGAUGUGGGCGGCCCUCCUCGCCGGCAACAUUCCCAUGGUCGUCGACCGCUGCGCUGGUGGCCGCGGCUCCACCGUGGCGGCCGUCGGCAGGGCCCCGGAAAGCUCCAACGUUGUUGAAGGACAGAGUAUUUAUGGAGUCCAACCUGAAAGGAAUGGAACAUGGCACAAACUAGCUAAAUAUGUCAACUCUAUCACCCAAAUCCAGUUGCAUUCUUGCAGAAGAGGAUCUGGACUCAGGAUUAUUGGAUCUAUACUUGUCGAUAUUGGUUUCUUGCUUUGUUCUGCCUUAUCUAGCUUGAUCAUGCAUCUUCCCAAACCAGGUGCUUGA